AUGGCGCUGCAGCUUCGGCCAUGGCGCCGCCUGCUCGUGCUCGCCGCCCUCCUGGCUGCCGCCGCGGCGCAGACGUCUCCCACAGCGGCGCCGGUGCCGCCUGUUCCCGUACCAGUGCCGACAGCGCCGGCCCAAGCUCCUCCCGUGCCGGUGACGCCCGCUCCCACCACCACCCCCGUCGCGCCGGUCAAGCCGCCUCCGGCAGUCGCGCCGGUUAAACCGCCUCCGGUCGUCGCACCCGUGUCCGCGCCGCCGCCUGUUGUCACGCCCCCGCCUAUCACUCCCCCGCCUGUCACUCCUCCGCCGGUGACGCCACCGCCUGUCGUACCCCCGCCUGUCUCCGCGCCUCCUCCCGUGACGCCUCCACCGGCGACACUGCCGCCCGCGGUUUCCCCGGCCCAAGCGCCCGCGGUGCUGCCCCCAGUUGCCGCGACUCCGCCCGCAGCCUUGGCACCCGCCGUGCUGCCUCCCGCCGAGGCCCCGUCCAAGAGCAAGAACAAGCACAAGAGGAAGAAGAGCGGCAAGAAGAAGGCGCCCGCCCCUGCUCCCGAGCCACUCAGCCCGCCGGCGCCCGUCGCGCCAGAGCCCACCGUGGAGGACGUGUCCGGCCCGGCACCCUCCGCAAACGAUCUGAGCGGGAGCAGCCGGCAGUUCGUGCAAUGGGGUUUUGUGGUUCAGACUGCCAUGGUUGCGCUUUUGCUGUCAGUAGCGUGGUGAAAGUGAAGCAUAUAUAGAGAUCCAUUCAUUCAUCCGUCCGUCCAAUUUACUCUGUAUCGCACCCCAUGAUUCGAUCUUUCCUCUGGCUGCUUGUAGGGAAUCGUGAUUCGUUUGCGGCUUGUAAUAAACAGUGUUUUUGCGUGUUUUGCAUGUGUUUUUUU